CGAAGUCGCGCUUCUCUCUCUCCUUUAUCUCUUUUCUUCUCCGCAGCUUUUUUUUUCUUUAGCUCAAGCUGAACAUGGGAGCUGAAACCCUAGAAGAUUCUCGAAAUACGAGCAGUUUUCCUCCAUAAGAGCACGGAAUUUCGAUUCUUCCCUCUUGUCCUACCUCUUCUAUCAAUUUUAUCUUGCAUUUCCUCUCCACUCUGAAAUUUCGAACGUCGAAUUCCAAUUUUUCUUCUUCAAUUGAUUUAUUUGUUUGUUUUUUCUUACUACUGAAUCGCUGCCCUAGCUUGUGAAGUCUUUAUUUUGGUGAAAGCUUGUAAGUCAGGUUCUCAUGGUCUUCAUAAUCUGAACAUCCCGGAGGAUUGUUUUCCAUUUUUCUCUUCAUAUUAAGCUCCGUACAUAAGUAAAAAAAUGUCGUCUUUAAGCAGAGAACUGGUCUUCCUUAUACUGCAAUUUCUCGAAGAGGAGAAAUUUAAGGAAUCCGUGCACAAGCUCGAGCAAGAGUCAGGAUUUUUCUUCAACAUGAAAUAUUUCGACGAGAAAGCACAGGCUGGUGAAUGGGACGAAGUGGAGAAGUACCUUUCCGGAUUUACCAAGGUUGACGAUAAUAGAUACUCCAUGAAGAUAUUUUUUGAGAUCAGGAAGCAGAAGUAUCUUGAAGCUCUAGAUAGACAUGACAGAGCAAAGGCUGUUGAAAUAUUAGUGAAGGAUUUGAAAGUAUUUUCUACAUUCAAUGAGGAAUUGUACAAAGAAAUCACUCAGCUUUUAACGCUUGAUAAUUUCAGGGAAAAUGAACAGUUAUCCAAGUAUGGUGACACUAAAUCAGCUCGAAGCAUAAUGCUGAUAGAGCUUAAGAAACUCAUAGAAGCAAAUCCUCUCUUCCGCGAUAAGUUAGUUUUUCCCACCCUGAAGACCUCAAGGUUGCGCACUUUAAUCAACCAAAGUUUGAACUGGCAGCACCAACUCUGUAAGAAUCCAAGGCCAAACCCAGAUAUUAAGACCUUAUUCACCGACCACACAUGUGCAUCUCCAAAUGGGGCUCGUGCUCCUAUUCCAGUCACUCUUCCAGUUGCAGCAGUUGCAAAGCCUGCCACAUAUGCACCCCUUGGAGGACAUGGACCUUUUCCACCCACUGCAGCUGCUGCUAAUGCUAAUGCUAAUGCUUUAGCAGGCUGGAUGGCAAAUGCUACUGCUUCAUCAUCUGUUCAAUCAGCUGUUGUUGCUGCAUCAUCAAUACCGGUCCCACCAAAUCAAGUUUCAAUCCUCAAACGUCCAAGAACACCUCCUAAUGCUUUAGGUAUGGUUGAUUAUCAAAGUACUGAUCAUGAACAACUAAUGAAACGUCUGCGGGCACAACCUGUUGAUGAGGUCACAUAUCCAGCUCCACUUCAACUAGCUUCAUGGUCAUUGGAUGACCUUCCACGAACAGUAGCUUGUACCAUUCACCAGGGAUCAAAUGUCACAAGCAUGGAUUUCCAUCCUUCUCAUCAUACAUUACUUCUUGUUGGUUCUGGUAAUGGUGAAAUUACACUAUGGGAAAUCGGUAUACGAGAGAGGCUGGUCUCAAAGCCAUUCAAGAUAUGGGAGAUGGCAAACUGCUCAUUGCCAUUUCAGGCUGCCAUUGUGAAAGAUUCCUCAAUAUCUAUCAGUCGUGUAACAUGGAGUCCUGAUGGAACUUUGUUGGGAGUUGCAUUUACAAAACAUUUGAUUCAUUUGUAUGCUUAUCAUGGACCUAAUGAUCUGCGCCAACAUCUAGAGAUUGAUGCUCAUGUUGGUAGUGUUAAUGACUUGGCAUUCUCUCAUCCAAACCCAAACAAGCAAUUAUGUGUAGUAACUUGUGGAGAUGAUAAGUUGAUAAAGGUGUGGGAUUUGACUGGACGAAGGCUUUAUAACUUUGAAGGCCAUGAGGCACCAGUUUAUUCUAUAUGUCCUCACCACAAAGAGAACAUUCAGUUUAUUUUCUCAACUGCUAUUGAUGGGAAAAUUAAGGCCUGGCUAUAUGACAAUGCGGGCUCCAGAGUUGAUUAUGAUGCUCCUGGACAUUGGUGCACAACAAUGCUUUAUAGUGCUGAUGGAAGUAGAUUGUUCUCUUGUGGGACAAGUAAGGAUGGUGACUCCUAUCUGGUUGAAUGGAAUGAAAGUGAGGGAGCAAUAAAGAGGACAUAUUCUGGGUUCAGAAAGAAGUCAUCUGGUGUUGUGCAGUUUGACACAACACAGAAUCACUUCUUGGCAGCUGGUGAAGAUAACCAGAUAAAAUUUUGGCAUAUGGACAAUGUCAAUGUUCUCACAACCUCUGAUGCUGAGGGUGGACUCCCGAGUUUUCCCCGCUUGAGAUUCAACAAGGAAGGAAAUCUUCUUGCUGUUACCACAGCAGACAAUGGUUUCAAGAUCCUUGCGAAUGCUGAUGGUCUGAGAUCCCUAAGAGCAAUUGAAGGCCGAUCCUUUGAAACACUGAGAGCACCCACUGAACCAGCUGCAAUUAAGGCUACCAGUGCUGCCGCAGUUGCAAACAUCAGUCCAGGCAUUAACAGAGUAGAACGCUUGGACACAAGUUCUCCUGCAAGGCCUUCUACAGUUCUUAAUGGAGUUGAUCCUACAGCUAGAAACAUAGAGAAGAGAACUUUGGAAGAUGUACCUGACAAAGCCAAACCUUGGGAAUUGACUGAGAUCUUGGAACCUGCUCAGUGUCGAGUAGUAAGCAUGGGUGACAGUGCAGAUUCUCCUAGCAAGGUUGUUCGCCUUCUUUAUACAAGCUCUGGUGUUGGCAUUUUGGCUCUUGGGUCAAAUGGGAUUCAAAAGCUGUGGAAGUGGAGCCGUAACGAACAAAAUCCUAGUGGCAAGGCCACUGCCAGUGUUGCUCCACAGCAUUGGCAACCAAAUAGUGGUCUUCUUAUGACUAAUGAUGUUUCAGAUGCCAAUCCCGAAGAAGCAGUGCCAUGCAUAGCACUCUCAAAGAAUGACUCAUAUGUAAUGUCAGCUUCUGGUGGAAAGGUUUCAUUGUUCAACAUGAUGACUUUUAAGGUGAUGACAACAUUCAUGCCACCCCCACCUGCUUCAACCUUCCUAGCAUUUCAUCCGCAAGAUAAUAACAUUAUAGCAAUUGGAAUGGAGGAUUCAGCCAUUCACAUUUACAAUGUUAGGGUGGAUGAGGUGAAAACAAAAUUGAAAGGUCACCAGAAACGCAUUACUGGUUUAGCCUUUUCCACCAACCUAAACAUUCUAGUUUCUUCUGGGGCUGAUGCUCAGCUUUGCGUUUGGAACACUGAUACAUGGGAGAAGCGAAAAUCAGUUGCUAUCCAACUGCCUGCUGGGAAGGCCUCUACAGGUGACACACGUGUGCAGUUCCACUCUGAUCAAAUCCGCUUGAUGGUAUUCCAUGAAACACAGAUAGCAAUAUAUGAUGCCUCGAAGAUGGACCGUAUUAGGCAGUGGGUGCCACAGGAUGUACUGCCUGCACCUAUAUCCUAUGCAGCAUAUUCAUGCAACAGUCAACUGGUUUAUGCUACUUUCUGCGAUGGUAACAUUGGUGUAUUUGAUGCCGAUAGCCUGAGACUUAGAUGCCGUAUAGCUCCAUCUUCAUAUCUGCCCCAGUCUGUGUCAAAUAGCAGUCAUGCUGUGUACCCACUUGUUGUCGCGGCACACCCACAGGAGCCAAAUCAAUUGGCUGUUGGAUUGACAGAUGGUUCUGCUAAGGUGAUAGAACCCUCAGAGUCUGAGGGGAAGUGGGGAGUGACAGCACCUGUUGAUAAUGGGAUAUCCAAUGGCAGGCCGGCAGUAGCAUCAGCCACAAGCAAUACAACAUCUGAGCAGCUCCAAAGAUGAAAAUUGAUGUAUCUUACCCCGUUUUCUAUUUUAUGCAUUGUACAAUAGUUUGUAAUACCCCUCUCCCCCUGGCCUUACCUUUCAGGGGUAGCCACAGAAAUUAUUAGGGCGAGAGAAAUCCUGUAUACCGCAUCUAAUUCUUUUAUCAGUAUAUACUGUUAUGUUAUUUGGAUCUGUUUAAUAUCAUUUCAAAUCAUUUUCAUCUA